GUACACGUAUUUUCGUUUCCAUUGAAUGAAAACUGUCGUAAAAGAUGGCUCAAUGCAAUCCCUCGUAGUGAUGUAGUGGUUACAAAAUACACCCCAGUAUGUAAUUUGCACUUUGCUGAGGACAGCAUCAUUUGGGAAUCCACCUUGCAUGACGAAAAGACAGGACAUAUCAAGCAGAAGAAGCCGAGAUGAGAAAUUGAGGGAGAAGGAACAAGAACAACUACUUAAAGCACUGCAAACUAGCAUUGAUGAUUAUUCAUCCUUUCAAAAAUCAACUUGUUUUCAAAAUUAUUCAGAGUUUCUCACAGUUUUCAGUCCGUGGCAAUGUCCAUAUGGGUGGCAUAAAAUUGAUCAGGAUAAAGUUACUUUGUUUAAGUUACAGAGAAUAUAAACCAGCACCCAUCAUAACUCACUCUGUAAUUGUUGAUAA